AUUCAUUUGAACAUUAGAAAGCGGUUAAAGGGAGCGACGGAGCUUCAACAAGUGUAGUGGACUCUCUAUGGCUAUAUGCAGCAGGCAACGGAGCUACAAUAUGUCCAGCCCCACUUUCAGUGUUGUCCUGCUUUCACACUGCACUUAAAGUCUGCUCAGACAUGUCUGUCUUCAGCACUCAACUGCCAGUCACAAUGCCCUUAUGCAUUGCAGAUUCUUACAGUAAAAAAUAACAUACACUGUCUCUCUGAACGUCAAUGUUAAAAUGGUCGCAUUAAAUAUUAGGUCAGCUAACUCAGCAUUCUAUAUUUGACCUACAGUAAUGGAUUACUAAGAAGAAAAGUCACUUUGGGAAUGCUCCUUAUGCAUCACAUGGAUUAAUAAUGAUCAACCUUGAACACUAGUGUAGCGGGAACCAUGCGUUUCCCUAUGGGCAUUUCUGCAUCCAGGAAGAAUUUCUUCCUCUCUGUGUAUUCCCUUGUGCUGAGAUUGCAUUUCACAGUGCUUUUUCUGUGCAACACUGCAUCCGCAUGCCCCAAGAGUUGUUUGUGCACAGACAGGAAUGGCCUGGUGGUAGUGCAAUGUUCUUCUCGCAACCUUGAGACCAUCCCUUCUGAUCUACCACAUGACACCGUCGCCCUGCUGCUCUCCUCCAAUCACAUCACAAAGAUCCCUGGCCAGGCUUUUAAACACCUUCCUCGCCUGCAGGAGCUUGAUUUAUCACGCAAUGCCAUUGACAGUGUGGAUGGUAGCGCUUUUCAGGGCAUCUCGGACACCCUGCGUAUGCUUAAUCUGUCUCACAACCGCCUGCGCGGAGUACCCAAGGAGGCGUUUGCACGGCUCCAUGCCAAGAUUGGUCUGGCAAACAACCCAUGGCACUGUGAAUGCACAUUACAGGAGGUGCUGCGUGAGCUAGAACUCGACCCUGAGACUGCCAGCGAGGUCAGCUGCCAUACAGCUGUGCAGGAUGAAUAUGCUGGGAAGCCUGUCAUUCAGGUCCUGGACUCCGGCAUCAACUUCUGCAACUUUCAUCAUAAGACGACAGACGUGGCCAUGUUUGUCACCAUGUUCGGCUGGUUCACCAUGGUGAUCGCUUACGUCAUAUACUAUGUGCGGCACAACCAAGAGGAUGCCCGCAGGCACUUGGAGUAUCUCAAGUCUCUGCCAAGCAGUUCCCAAAUUAGCAAAGACUUGGACACAAUUAGUACUGUUUUGUAGUGUCUCCAUCAAAGCCUAGGGUCAGUAUUAACUAAUGGGGAACAGCCAUGAUGGCAUAGCAGCAAGCCUUAAAGCUCAUCCUGAGCACUCCACAAACAAAUACACAAUGCAGUUUUCUUUAUUCAUUUCUGAAAAUGUACAUCUUAAAGUGCAAACUGUCAACAUGAUACAUUUUAGCAUUACUUACAUUUUUAAGACAGUUGUUAAAAAUUGGUUUGCAAUGACUAGCGCUGUGUUCCUACUUGGUAUUUCCACAGGAAUGAUAUUAUGAAUUUCUUUGAAUUUUUCCCUACAAGUAUGCUUUCUGUAAUAUCAGCAUGUUCUUUUGUGGCUCUUAAAGAAAAGCUCCACAGAGCUAAAUCCCCCCCUCCUGCUGUUUCCUAGCAGGUCCAUAAUUUCUCUCAUUAUGUCAGUUCAUUUGUCCAUUUAUGUGCUAAUGUUAAUAUAGAGAAAGUAGGGCAGGAGCAGAAAUUGACAGGCCUUAUUUCCAUUUAUAUUUAUUAUAGUACAGUAUAGAAAACUCAGGAAAAACAACUGAAUAUAGGGACCAACAUCACUGCCAAAUACAGUUCAUUAACAAUGGACAUGCAGCUUUACAGAAAGCCCCAUUUACCCCCAAUGAGCAAGUCAGAGACGAUAUUAGGAAGCAACCUUGAGAGGAACCAGACUCAAAACGGAUCCAGCCUCAUCUGGAUGACUCCAGAUAGUAUUAUUAUAAAUACUUUCCUUUUAUAACUGUGUACUGUAUGUUCAACUGUGUAUCUGUGUAUCCAGGGGAAUCAGUCUAGUUUUACCAUGAAGUCUAUCUUGUUGAAGUAAUCAAGUAUUCACUGAUGGAGUGCAAAACAGGUAAUCGCAAUCUUAAAUACAUAUUCAUGGUAUCUAAGUGGCACUAUAUACACAGACAGCCAGGCCAUUUUCAGCAAUAGCCAGUGCACAUCGAGUUAUGAGACUCCAACCAGAAGUAGAUCAUCAUGACGAAGCAGGCAGGUCUAGGAAGCAGAAGUGGUAAGAAACACUGGUAUUUCAAGACAUUUAAUGACAGGGCUGAGAGGAUCAUGAGUGUUUUUUGUUUGACAUCAUAUUGGCUCUGUUUCUGACUAAAUGUCAUUAUAUAGCCUGGAAAUACGAUUAAAUCUAAUACAUUUCUGCAAGUGCAUGCAGUGUGUAUAAGAUAUACACAACAGCUUCUUCUAUAAAAUAUAUUGCUAAGAUUGAGAAAAGUGGAUUGUCCAAAAAACGGUUUCCUUUUCGUUUUCCUUUUACAAUUCUUUUGUAAUUGUUGUGUUAGGUUCAGUUCAUUUGUGUGGCUUUUAAGCUGCAGUGUUGGGUUAAUUAUAUUAGGCAUUUUGUGUAAGAAAGACAGAGGAAACACACCUGCAAUUGAACAAUGGUGUGUCUAAAUCUGCUCGAUGCAGGCUGCAGGACUGUAUACUGGAUGAACAUCUGUUACAGAGUUACGGGGUUGUUCUUAAAAUUCACAAAUUGUAGCAUCAAUCAAAUGUGAUAAAUGAAAUGAAAUCGUGGCUAUGUCAUCAUUAAUGUUUUACCCAAAAAAUGUACAACUCAGCAGCUGCAGCUGUAUUUGAUUUAGUUCAUUUUAUUUUGGCUAAGAUGUAACUGCCGAAGUGCCUACGUUGUACUAUGAUACCUAAACACUGUGCUCUUGCGUUAUUCAGUCCUUCAUGGUCCCUCUGUUAUUAACAAGACCUUUAAUACUUAAUGUAGUUUGUGUCAUAGUCAUAUAGGAUGUGUUUAAUGAGACACAGAUGUGCUGUCACAUCGUUGCAGUGCUUGUUAUGACGUAUGUUAUUUGACCAUAAAGGGCUCCUUUGGUAAUGUGUGUCUUCAGUGAAUGUACGUGUAUUUGUUUGUUCUUUACAUUGGCUGACAAGAUUGGUUAAUAAUUACAGUAUGUCAAAAAUAUAAUAACCUUUGGAUGUCUAGUCCAUUAUACACAGCGGACUCUUAGAGCCUUCUGACACACUAAUAGCUCUAUCUCUGUCAGUUAAUCUCUGAAUCCAUUAUAUUCAGACAAUUUUAUGAUUAAUUAAUUUUGACACUCUGUUAAGGGUAGAAAUAAAUCUGUUUUGUAUAUUUGGUAGCACAAAAAUGUUGCUUGUUCCAACCAGACACAGAAAAUACUGUACCACAAACUGAAGAUGAAUUUGAAAGUAGUCUGUUUUCCAAACUAUAAUUAUUUCACAUUUAUGCUAAACAUUCCAUAUGUAUUGUGUACUCUCAUCUAUUAAUUCUUACAGUAAGAGUUUACUGUAUGGAAACAUCUGUUAAAUCCAAAUAUUAAACCCUAAAAAUUCUUAUUUAUUUUACUUUCCAGAUUUUUUCUCCGCCUCACUGAUCGUAAUCUGAGAAGGUAUUACAAUUUCGUUCACGUUUCACAGGAUAGUGCUGGGCUCAUUUACGCUUCUCUGACUCGAUGAGACCAAUAAAAGAUUUAUUUCAGUGAUAUGUUUGAAUGGCUGUUCCAAACAGUACUGCUGUUGAUUUUUGAUGAGUUCUUCUUGAUGCAAUGUGUCCAAUUCAUAUCUGACUGGAUUCGAUUGAGAAACAGUUUUAAAUUUAUUGUUAACAUUUCAUUGUUCCAUUUAAAGUUCAAAGUAUUUUUAUCAUGCAGUCUGGUUGCAAGAUUUAUAGCCAAUACUUAACAUAAUGGCAGAGUCACAAGGAUACUUGAAACCCACAUAAGCACUACUUAAUAAAUAACAAACCUGCAUCAGCAUGAAUAAAAGCUUAAUCCAACAGAAAUCAGCUGAGCUUUAUGUCUCAGUUUUGAAGUCGCAUAACACCUGAUGCUCAAGCGACAGUUUUUUGUUGACAUUAGGUUGUAUCGUGACAAUGAUUCGCAUUUAAAUGUCAUGACAAAAUUUAGAUAAAUUAAUACGUAUUCAUUCGAUUUUUGUGUAAAGACAAAGAGAAUUUUAUAUGUAGUAUAUUUGCUAAAAUUAAACUGAUUUCUCAGCUUAGCAUUCAUUUUACAGUAAUCGCUAUCUAUUACUCAGUGACUAAAAAACAAAUAGGAAGGCUGACAGGUCCAAACUUACAUUCCCCUUACAACAUUUAUAGGGAUUAAAAAUGAAAUUAAAUAUACAUUUUAUUCAAACUAUGUAAUUGACCUACAAUAAAUAUGUAAUAGCAUACUUAGGGAGAGUAUUUAAUGUUGAGAUAUAUGUGCUUGUUAAACAUCCUAUUGCAGAGUUUGUCCUUCUUUGCUGUUAUAAUAACCUUCACUCUUCUGGAAAGAUUUUCCAUUAGUUGUUGGAGUGUGGCUGUGGGGAAACGUGUUCAUUCAGACUCUAGUGCAUUAGUGAAGUAAGCACUGAUGUAGAUGAGUAGUUCUGGGGUUCAGUCAGGGUACCAGUUCAUCCCAAAUGUGUUUAGAAUUUUUGAGGUCAGGGCUCUGAGCAGGACACUCAAGUUUCACCAACCAUGCCUUUAUUGACCUAUCUUUGUGUACAUGGGCAUUGUCAAGCAGGAACAGGUUGAGGCUUUUACUUCCAGUGAAGAGAAAUUGUAAUUCUAUAGCAUACAAAAGCCUGCUACACAAUUGCCUCAAACUUUGUGGCAACAGUUUUUGUCCACAAACUUUUGACCAUGUAUAGUAUAGAUAAGAGCAGCUACAAAGAGUUGUUCCUUUGUGCAUAGUAAGCAUUUCUCAAAGAAAGCUUCACUAUAUCAACAAUUACAGAGGAUUUUAAUCGUGUUAAUACGAAACUUUAACCAAAUGAUCAUAGAAGUAAUAGAUAAAAAGAAGUGCAUUCUUAUAAACCUAGGAUUUACUAUCAUCAGACCUGCUGUUAUAGAAUGUUCAUCAAUACCUUCUCUCCAAACAAAUCUGAAAAUUCAACAGUAAUGUGGAUUCAUAAAAACUGUAUAUACAAAAACCUCUAACUACAUUUACCAAAGGGCCAAAGUCAUUUAUUACUAUUUUGUGAAAGAAUUGUAAGUGUCACUUCAUUUAACAAUGGUACAGCAUUUUCAGGCUCUGACAUAUAGGAGUAUGAAAUCAGUUGUGACAUAGUCAGGCAUCAUAUUGCAUUACUACAUUAUUGAUAUGAAGGUUUACAUUAGUUUGUUAAGGGACAAGGUUGGUGAGAUCUGAAAAUGAAAACCUAUAAAUAAAGUAAUACCAUUUACUGUAUCUUAUGUUGAUGUUUUAAUGUUUGUUGUGACCUGUUUGGGAUUAUUUCCCUUCAAUAAAUUAGGAAGAAAUGAAAUGGUAAGUAAUUAUAAAAUA